GAACAACUUGGCAACUUAGCAACUUAGCAACUUAGCAACUUAACUACCUAGGUACCUAAUCGAGUCUUGUUUGUUCACAUCCUCUUAUGGUCUUGGUUUGCUCUUAUGGAUGCAAUUUGUUAGUUUCUUAGCACGUAUCAAAUCUACGGCCUUUGAAGCUAUUCCAGUUCUACCUAUCACCUAUCACCAAUACUCAUAUCUCUCGUGGCGUGUGUAAGUCUGUAGUUCGGUAUCUUAAGUGACACGGCUGAUCUGUAGCUUUGACUUCGAACUCUAUCCCAACAUUUAAUACUUUAGACUGCUGUAUUGAUCCUCACAAGCUUACAAUUGACUCCCUUGCCGGAAGUAACCAAGCAUAGCCCAUGCGAGCGGUCACGAUUCUCGGGUCUUGUGGGUAGCCUGAUCCCAUACCUACUGCAAGAGUCGGUGACUAGACGUCGGAAAUGGAUAUCACUUGAAGCGCCGUCCCGAUUCCUCGCGGCAGGAAGUUUGGGGUUCCGAGAAGCUUUCAACCUAAACCCCAGACUGAUGGUCGAGAACCUAGUUAUGUCUCAAGUCGACUAGAUGGCCCUCAUCUUGCGCCCUCUGGUCUCUGUCUUAAGUCUGUCUCAGGUCCAAAACUGAAUUCUUAAGUAACGAUGCGUCUACUUGCUGACAAUGAUGUUCUGGUUGAAUUGGCUCGUUUCGCUCCCUAUUCUAAUAGCCAUCACUGAUACUAGGUCAACCAUUGCUGCCAUGGCUCAGAAGAAUACUGAAACCGGAGCAGAGAAUAACGACGUUCCACCUGCAAAAUCUGAUGAGGAGAAGGAACCUGAACCAAAGAUACCAGAUAAUGAACCCCAAAGACCAGAAGAGAGUAACAAUACCUUGAAACCAGAUGAGAGUCAGGAAACUCGCAAACCGGAUGAAAUACAAGACGAUGCACAGAAGCAGGAAAAUGAUACGGACGAUAGCAGCCGCACUUCGAAGCCGGAUGAGGAACAAAGCGAUUCACAGAAGCUUAGAAAUGGAACAGACGAUAGUAGUCAUACCUCGAAAACAGACGAAGAGAAGAUAAAUAUACCAGUUAACGUAACGCAGAUGAAGAACCAAGUGCGUCCGUCGUUGGAUGUAGUCCGCUUCUCGUUCGUCUUAGAUAGAGAUCAAAUACGAUCAGUCUUAGAUCGAGAUCAAAUACGAUCAGACUACUCUACUGGAAAGCUUAUCCUCGACCGGGACCAGAUGCGACAGGUUCGCUCUACAAGUGGCUUAGCGAGAGAGACUCCAGGCGAGCUUACACAAGUCGACAACGAAGAGGGUCAAGAGAGCCCGUCUGCUCCAAAAGAAGAUGGAAUUGGGCCUACUAUUCUCCCGCUUUCCGAUCUCGAGAACUCCAUCGUUGGAUGGGAGAGUCAAGAUGACCCUAAGAUGCCCUUGAAUUUCUCAGCGGCCCGGAAGUGGGUGAUAGUCUGGGCGCUGGCGGCCAUUACCUUCAUGUCGCCCUUCUCAUCGUCUGUCCUAGCUCCUGCUAUCGAAUACAUCAACAAGGACUUCCAUAACUCCAACCCCACGAAUGGACCAUUCCCAGUCAGCAUCUAUCUGUUGGGUUAUGCCACGGGACCUUUAUUCCUGGCUCCCCUUUCCGAAAUAUUUGGCCGUGCCGGCGUGCUUACCUCUUCUAAUAUUUUCUUCUGCUUAUGGCAUAUCGGAUGUGCUUUAUCCCCUACUCUCGGACUAUUAAUAGCAUUUCGAUUCGCGGCUGGUAUUGGAGGUAGCGGCUGCAUGACACUCGGAGGCGCGAUCAUUGGCGACAUAUUUCCUAUCGAGAAGCGCGGUAUAGCUCUCUCUAUCUGGGCAUUGGGACCACUCGUAGGGCCAACAGUAGGUCCACUAACAGGUGCUUUCAUUGCCGAAUCUAUUGGAUGGCGUUGGUCGUUUUGGAUUGUGCUGAUUCCGUCUGCUAUUAUUACUCUCAUCUUAGCCAUUUUCCUCCCCGAGACGAACCACAAGGUCCUCUUACAACGGAAGACUAAGCGUUUAAAUAAAGAGCUGAAGCGAACGGACCUUAGGACUUGCUAUGAUGGUAGUGAGUCCGGAAAAUUAUCUCAAUUGACUAUCCUGAGAACCGGUAUGCUGCGGCCACUGAAGAUGCUCAUAUUUGCGCCUAUGAUUUUUAUACAGUCGUUGUAUGUAUCUUUCAUCUACGGAUCCGUUUACUUGAUGUAUAACUCCAUCCCACCGACUUUUGAGACGCGUUACGGGUGGAGUACUGGUAUUUCCGGACUAGUUUUCAUCUCUAUCGGUGUGGGUUAUAUGGUUGGCCUUUGGGCUUUCUCAAUGCUGUCAGACAGAACAGUAGUCCGCCUGACGAAAGCUAACGGCGGAGCAUUCAAACCGGAGUUCCGCUUAACCAUUAUGAUUUGGUACUCAUUCCUCUGCCCGCUCGCCUUCUUCUGGUACGGAUGGUCAGCUCAGAUGAAGACACACUGGAUCAUACCGAUCGUGGGCCUGUUUCCUCUCGGCUUUGGUGUGAUUGGAGUUUUCAUGCCUACUCAGGCCUACAUCAUCGACGCUUAUCCUUCAUACGCCGCGUCAGGGAUAGCUGCCUUCACUGUCUUGCGCAGUGUCAUUGCGGCCUUUCUUCCUCUAUGCGGACCAGUGCUAUUUGAUAAUCUAGGGGUAGGCUGGGGGAGCUCCAUUCUCGGCUUUGUCGGCGUGGCUAUGAUCCCUAUCCCUAUCGUCAUCUUUAAGUUUGGUGCGCGGCUGAGAGAGAAAUACCCUCUGAAACUUUAGUUUUUCCUUGCUACUUAACAUAUUUAGGUGGCCUCUGCAGCAUAGAGCAGAUGUGCCAGCUGAGUCUUAGAUAAAAGAUAAAAACGCUGCAAAGGAAAGAGAACACAAAAUUAUGUUGUAUUAUUUACUCAGUAUCGAUUCUUAACCACACUGCUUAAGAUCAGAUCCAGUCUAGAUAUUUAUCUAUGUUACCCUCUGGCGUCUUGGUUAUAUGUAUAUAUUUCUUUUAUAUCUAACCCAAGGUCUUUAUUCCUUUGGUCUAUGGUACGGAAUUUUAUACAUUUACCUAAUCAUCGCUUUUCAUUUUCGAGGUAUUGCGAGGUUGGGUCCUCUUUAUUAUAAACUACUAACUAAU